GCAUAGUAUCAAGUGUCGCGAUGUGACCCGCGAAAGAGACACUGUGCGAGCGCUACUGUACUGGAAACAGACUCAUGUGUUCAUUUCGCGAGAAAAAUGGCCCAAGAGUUUUCUGUUGUUACCUCAAGCUAUGUCAAUUUACAAAUCACAAGCACUCUUAACAAUUUCCCAUCGGAGAAGCGAUUUCAAAAGGAUGUAACUAUCGGGGCACUGAAGAGCAAGUUGGAGCUGGUGACUGGCUCAGCGUCCUCAGCCAUGGAACUCCAACUCUUCAACAAAGAGGGUCAGCUAGUGGUGGUUAUGAACGACAAUGACAAAAUGUUAGGUUUCUAUCCCGUGGAAGACGGCAUGAGGAUCCAUGUGCAAGACAGCGAUCCAAACAGGUUACGAGGGGAAUUUGAAGAUCUCUCCAAAGUUGAAAAGUAUGAGAUCACAGAUGAAGAUUACGCCAAAAGAACUGAUUCCGUUCUGGCCUUCAAGAAGAAGCACAAAAUCGGCCAGUUCAAGGAAGUCGACCCUGAGGAGGCUUCCAAGCAGGCAGCCCUUAAGGAGGCCAAGGAAGCAGAGGAAGAGAGGAUAGCGGGAGCAAUCGAAGUUGGGGCCAGGUGUGAGGUCAACAUGCCCAGUGCCCCACCUGUCAAGAGAGGGACAGUCAUGUUUGUUGGGAAAACAGAUUUCAAGCCAGGGUUCUGGAUUGGUGUCAAGUAUGAUGAACCACUAGGGAAGAAUGACGGAAGUGUCCAAGGCAAGAGGUACUUUGAGUGUCGGCCCAAAUAUGGUGGCUUUGUCAAACCGCAGUUUGUGACAGUGGGGGAUUUCCCGGAGGAAGAUCUGGACUUGGACGAUGAUGAGAUGUGAACACCGAACACCAACUGAAAGAGGUGAAACUGAAGCACCUUGAAGCCUGCGGAGGUACACAGUAAUCUUGUCUUAUUUGUGAGCACAACCGCGAGUGGAAGGCAAGCUAAGGCGUACAUGUAAUAAUCAGUUGUUUGGUGCCCCGUCUUCUGUGCACAUGGUUUUCUUCCAACACAGAAUGCCAAGGGUCUAAACUGCAUGACUCCUUUUAUUAAUUGAUGGCAUUUUCAAGUGGACCAGUCUCAGAUUUUCUGAAAUUCAGGAACUUAUUCUUUUUCCUGAAUCUGUGUGUUCCUGAAUGUUUUUUCCAAAAAUGCGAAAUUAAAACGAAUAGAAAGCACAUUUAUUUCUGUUUAUAUUUUCACUGCUGCCUCCCCAAAAAAGUUUUAAAAACCCUCAUUUUUUUGAACCAUUCAUUGCCUGCAAAGAAAACAAGAGAAUUGUGCACUAGGCAAUGCUAAGCGACAAUAUGCCGAGCAAUAUCUUCAGCAUAUUUCUCCUUCAAUUAGCACCAAAAUUGGCAGCUGAGAAUCUUACACUGGGUUAGGCGUUGCAAAAUAUCUCUAGAGUUAAUCUUAUGCUCUUUGCACCAGUCACACGUAACUGAGCUCAUCCUGGCGGGGUGAGGGAUUUGAAUCAGCGUUGGGAUAAACAUGAUAAGUUACCAAAGUCUAAAGAUUUCAAUGUAUUCUUUCCACUUGUUUAAACUUUAUUUUUAACCUGUCAUAUGUUUUAUGCACUUAACAGAAAAAUUAUAAUUUUCGUCUUAUUUAAUAUCUUUGUCUAUGGUAUUUGUGCCUGUAUGUAAAUUUUUAUAACUUAAAGUGGAAGGAAACUCAACAGACAAUGGUUUACCAGUGGAAAGGAAAACAGAAACGCUAAGUGGAUCGUGACGUUGGGGAACUCUCUUGUCGGCAGUGUUGAUUUGGUCACAUUGAACUGUCACAUGUAGGUUGACAUCAAGAAAUCGAGUCCGUGGGAUUUGUACCUGCCACCAAACAUGGGAUACUCGUACUGGCCCUUGGUUAACCAAGCCAUGCCAGCUUUCGUUGACGGCCGUGCAAGUUGUCAGUAUCCUUGAUUAGUGGACGUUAGUUUGAAGCCAUAAUCUUAAGUGAUGAGUGAUCAUGGCACAGUGCGUCAUGUAUUAACAAUAAGAAGAGCUUUCGAUCUGAAAAAAUGCCACUCCGGCUUGAGUAUAGUUUCUAUGUUCAACCUCUUUUUCUGUAUGUAAAGAAUAAACCUGGUUGCUUUAACUUGGUUUAUUUGACAGUUCAAAACGCAAGCAGCCAGAUCACUUUGUGUCGAAGUAGAAAUUCCCAGUAACUCAACAAAUAGUGCAAAAUAAAAAUGCUUAUGGAUUUUUGUC